AUGGCAGCUGUACCCCGAUACUCCGGGAAAGUGGUGGUGGUAACUGGGGGUGCUCGUGGCAUCGGGGCUGGGAUCGUGAGAGCCUUUGUUUUCUCCCUCUCUUUGUUGGCAGUGGACAGUGGAGCUCAAGUGGUUUUCUGUGACAAGGACGAGGCGGGGGGCCGGGCUCUGGAGCAGGAACUCUCGGGCACUGUCUUCGUCCGUUGUGAUGUGACUCAGGAAGGAGAUUUGCAGACUUUGAUUUCCGAGACCCUCUCUCGGUUUGGCCACCUAGAUUGUGUGGUGAACAAUGCCGGCUACCACCCACCUGCGCAGUGGCCUGAGGAGACUUCUGCCCAGGACUUUCGCCAGCUGCUGGAGCUGAACCUAUUGGGGACAUACACCCUGACCAAGCUUGCCCUCCCCCAUCUGCGGAAGUGCAGAGGCAACAUCAUCAACAUCUCCAGCCUGGUUGGGACCAUCGGCCAGUCCCAGGCAGUCACCUACGUGGCCACCAAGGGGGCAGUGACAGCCAUGACGAAAGCCCUGGCCUUGGAUGAGAGCAGAUAUGGUGUCCGUGUCAACUGCAUCUCCCCAGGGAACAUCUGGACUCCACUGUGGGAAGAGCUGGCGGCCUCCACCUCAGACCCCAGUGCCACCAUCCUAGAAGGCACCUUGGCCCAGCCCCUGGGCCGUAUGGGCCAGCCAGCUGAGGUGGGAGCUGCAGCUGUGUUCCUGGCCUCUGAAGCCACCUUCUGUACAGGGCUUGAGCUUCUUGUGACAGGGGGUGCAGAAUUGGGGUAUGGGCGCAAGUCUACUAGGAGCAGCCUCUUGGAAACCCCUAGUCUCCCACCCUAAUUCCCACUGACUAUUUCCUACCUAUCUCUUUCCCUUUCCUUUCUGUUUUUGUGUAGUACUGGAGAUUAAACCUAGGACUUUUUUUUUGUGCUAGACAGAGCUCCACCACUGAAUGAUUGGGGGUUCUAGGAAGGGGAUCUACCACUGAGCCACACCCCAGUGCCUCACUGGGGGUUCUAGGCAGAGCUCCACCACUGAAUGACACCGGGGUACCUCAUUGGGGCUUCUAGGCAGGGCUCCACCACUGACUGUCAGUUCACAAAGAAACUCAGGACUUCUCCUCAGUCAUACCUUGGUGUGAUCAUCAUUUCAUCCGCGAACCACAACCGCAGCCCCUCACUGGGGGAUUCUAGGCAGGGGCUCUACCACCGAGCCACACCUCUGGAACUUUAGAUCUUUACUGGGGGAUUCUAGUCAUAUGCUCUACCACUGUCCCAAACUCCUGCUUCUCACUACAAGUUGCCCCUCCCUCAACUAGCAUUUCCCCCCUCAAAUUUUUAACUGUACCCCCUAUCUCCCAGGGUUUGAAAGACCUGGAUAAAUCCAGACCCCCCCAAAAUAGAGCCAAAAAUCUAAGCAGGAAGAAAAGAGCCAAAAAUCUAGGUUAGCCGGAUCAGUAACUCUGUUUUAGGAACUAGCUGAAGAUAAAUUUAGAUUAUAAUCUUGAGAAACAGGGAGUUACCCCCUGGUGAUUAUCACUGGUAUUUUCGGGAUUUUUCAAUGAUCCCUGGUAUUUUUUUUUAAUAUUUAUUUCUUUAUUAUGUGUACAGCAUUCCUUCCAUGUGUGCCCACAAGCCAGAAGGGGGCACCAGGUCUCAUUAUAGAUGGCUGUGAGCCACCAUGUGGUUGCUGGGAAUUGAACUCAGGACCUCUGGAAGAGCAGUCAGUGCUCUUAACCACUGAGCCAUCUCUCCAGCCCAAUCCCUGGUAUUUUUGAAAUUUUCCAAUGACGACCUCCCUACCCCCUUUGGAUUACUGAGCUGUGGUUUCUUUCCUUAAAUACCCCUUCUCCCAGCUACUCGGGGUCGAACUCUCUACCCCUGCGUGGGAAAUGAGUUUCGGCCCAGUGCACUGGCUCCUGUUGUGUCAAUAAACCUCGUGUGAUUGCAGCAUG